AUGGUCAACAUCACAGCUUCUUUUAUGACUCUUCUAGCAGCCGCAUCUCUCGCGGUAGCGGCACCUGCCUCGCUUGAGCCCCAAUCUAAUGUUCCUGCUCACAUCUUCGAAAAACGUGCUGUGAGCUGCAGAGACGACAAUUACGACAUAUGGAAGAGAGGAAACACUGCGGAUGCUGCAAGAUGUAUCACCGAACUUGCUGCUCUUGGUGGCCAAGCAUGCCAGGGCUCUGUCUCGGGAAUUGUCUUCAAGAAGUGUGGAAACACCAUAAUCCACGGUCAGAAUGUUUGUGCUCCCUCUGAGGGCAACCUUGCGACUGCAACGUGCCAAGAAGCUGCGCGUGGUGCUGGUUUGAUCAUGGACCAGUGCUCCAGAGGUGAUGGUACGGUGAUGGGCGAGAACCAUGCUUGGGCCAGCAGAUGUCUCCUGAUUCACAUCCUUGGAGAGUAG